UUCAACUUUCUUUCGAUUAUGCACAACGAUAAACCGACAUCCAAACACUCCCUUUCCAAAUCUCCCCGCAAAACCCUAGUCUCUCUCUCUCUCUCUCUCUCUCCAAUGCAAAACCCUGGAGAUUGAAGCUUGAAUUACUGAAAAAGAACGAUAACAAUGGCUGCAAUAGCUUGGUCUCGGCUUUUCUCCAUCGUUUCCAAGCACAAUCGACGCUUUUUCUCCGACAUUGCUGCGAAUCCUCACAGAGAACCAAUUAUCUCGUCCUCCUCCAUCCUCAGCAACCAAGCACCGCCACCUCCGCCGUCGUCUAAUCCUCCGCCGCCGUCUGAUUCUUCGCCGCCGCCGCCUUCGUCCACCGGAGCAGAGAAGACAUCGCGGAGUUUCCUCAUGUACACCCUCGCCGCUGCCCUGACUGGAGGUGUUGCUGCUGCUGGUUACGCCACUCGCGCAUAUUCAUUGGAUGAAGUAGAUGAGAAGACAAAGGCUUUGCGUGCAUCAGCAAACUAUACAGUAGGGGAUGAUGCAUCCGCUCUUGAUAAAUUUCAAGCUUUUCUCUAUGCUGCUGCAAUGACAGUGCCAGCGAAGUUGGUUGAACUUUACUUAGAUCUGAGAAGGAUGUCAGAGGAACAUGUUCGAGGUUUUACUGAACCAUCCUCAGAUAAGCUCCUCCCAGAUUUGCACCCCAUGGAGCAGCAUGUGUUCACGCUUGUUCUAGAUCUAAAUGAGACAUUAAUAUAUUCUGAUUGGAAGCGUGACAGAGGCUGGCGAACAUUCAAAAGACCUGGCGUUGAUGCCUUUUUGGAACAUAUGGCUCAAUUUUAUGAAAUUGUAGUUUAUUCUGACCAGCUGAAUAUGUAUGUUGAUCCUGUUGUUGAAAGAUUGGAUCCAAAGCACUGCAUACGGUAUAAGCUAUCUAGGGGUGCAACUAGGUAUCAAGGUGGGAAGCAUUACAGGGAUCUCUCAAAGCUGAACCGAGAUCCUGCAAAGAUUCUUUAUGUGAGUGGUCAUGCACUAGAAAGUAGCCUUCAGCCGGAGAAUGGUGUCCCAAUUAAGCCAUGGAAGCUUGAAGAAGAUGAUACAGCCCUUGUGGAUCUUAUUCCAUUUCUCGAAUAUGUUGCUCGACAUAGGCCCGCUGACAUUCGACCUGUGCUAGCUUCGUAUCAGGGACAUGAUAUUGCGAAAGAAUUCAUUGAGCGUUCUAAAGAUUAUCAGAGGCGAAUGCAAGAGCAGAAACAGCAAGGUCGUUUCUGGCGGCGCUGAGGUAAAAGUUCAGUGCUGUGGAAAUUAUAGAAUUUGAAUCGGCUUUCGAGGAAGUAACGGCUGAAUAUAGACAUGUCAUAAAUUUGUAAGCCGUAAUAUGUGAAAAUCAUUUUCAGGUUGAGUGAAGAUGAUUUGGCACUCAAUCAGAUGCCAACGAUAGUAUUUGUAGUUCUUUUUUGGGUCCCCAACAUGAUAUCUUGCUAUUUUUUCCCAGUUGAUCACUGUGAAUCAUACAACUGUUUUUGGGAAUAGCCAUUCAAUUUACUGUAGACUUAGAAUUUGUGUUUUUCCCGUUUCUGUGUUUCAAAUUUGAUUUGUACCACCGAUGGGAGUGAACUUCACAUAAUAAAUUCAGUAUUUGUCAUC